UGGAGGCGCUGAGAGCGGCCGUUUCCGGCGGCGCCGCGUGGAGCCCUCCGGCUGAGUGGCCGGUCGCCAUGGCGGCGUUUGCCGGCCCUGCCAAGCCGUUCCUGUCGCUGAACCCGCAGGAGGAGGCCAAGUUUCGGAAGGAGGUGACGCAGGCUCGCCGGCGUGCAGCGCAGCAAAAGCAGAAAGAAAAACUGACCCCCGGCGUCAUCUAUGUGGGCCACUUACCUCCAGCACUUUAUGAAACCCAGAUCCGGGCCUAUUUCUCCCAGUUUGGCACUGUUACAAGAUUCAGACUGUCCAGAAGUAAAAGGACUGGAAAUAGUAAAGGCUAUGCCUUUGUGGAGUUCGCAUCUGAAGAUGUUGCCAAGAUAGUUGCUGACACAAUGAACAACUACCUUUUUGGUGAAAGACUUUUACAGUGUCAUUUUAUACCGCCUGAAAAAGUACAUGGAGAACUUUUUAGAGAGUGGUAUAUUCCAUUUAAAAAGCCAUCAUAUCCAGCAGUGAAACGGUAUAAUCAAAAUCGGACACUUCUUCAAAAGCUACAGAUGGAGGAACGUUUUAAAAAGAAGGAAAAAUUACUCAGGAAGAAAUUAGCUAAAAAGGGAAUUGAUUAUGAUUUUCCUUCGCUGAUUAUACAUAAAAAGGAAAAUGCUUCAAACACUGGUCUUCAGAAGCCUACAGAUAGCCAGGUCUUAUUGAAAAAGAAGAAGAAGAAAAAGAGUUCACGUACUACUACCACUCCUGAGAAGACCGUGGAUAGCCAGGGCUCCACACCAGUUUGUACACCAGCAUUUUUGGAGAAACGAAAAUCUGAAGCAGCUAAAAUAAAUGAUGAUGAUGAAGAUAAUGAAAUAGUUUUUAAACAGCCCGUACCUGGUGUAAAAGAAGAAACACAAGAGACUCAAACACCUACACGUUCAAGGAAAAAAAGACGAAGAAAAAGCAAUCAGUGAUUCUAAAUGUAUAUUUCUUCUGGAAAAUGUGAUUUUAUUGUGAGGGCUGAUUCUUUGUAUUUAACUAGCAGUGGAAUGCAACCAUUGACAAGAUUCUUGGAGGAAAAACUGUCAGUUCAAGUCCGUAUGGAAAGCAGUCAGUAGCUGGCUUACCUGCCGUUGCUGAAAUGCACAGAUGCAUUGUUUACAGUAGCUGAGCUCAUGCUGCCUCUUUGUCCUGGUCUCUAGAUUCCUUUGCAGAUUUCAGCUAUCUUUAGUUAACUUGCCUGGAUAGAAAAGUCACCAUUUACUGCAGUUUUUGUUGUUAUCAUCAAAUAAAAUAAAAUCUUGUUUGACCACAUGGUUCUCUGUUAGGCGUGCACCUUUAAACCAUAAGGGCAGUUCAGUGUUGUAUGGUUGGAAUUGAAGUUCUAAUACCUGGAGAGUGAGAGGGCAGUUCAAGUAUAUGUAUGUGAUCACUUUUUCCACAUGUUUAUUUUUGGUGAGAUAGCAAGAUUUAAUAACGAUAUUUUUGUGUCUGUAUCAUAGAUAUGGAAUUGUAUUUGAAGAAUCAGUGACCAGAAAAUAAACUUUUUCUACAAUUU